AUGGGCAACUGCAUCCCGGUGAGCCCCAGCGUCCUGGAGAGCAAAAGCUCCCUGGACCUGCUGGAGAUCAUGAGCAACUACUCCUACGAUGAUGUCAACAUGACCUCCCUGGACUACGAUGCCGCGCCCUGCCACAACGAGUACUGUCCCCUGUUCCAGCGUGUGGCCCCCAUCUUCCUGGCCAUCACCUGCGCCGCAGCUGCCCUGGGCACUGGGGCGCUGCUGGUGGCACUGGCCAAGUGGCCCCAUGCCUGGGGCUGGCCUCAGAGUCGAGCACUGGUGGGCCAGUUGGCAGUGGGGAUGGGUCUCUUUGCUGGCCUGCUGCCACCGGUGGCAGUGGGCAUCGGGCAGGGCUGGCAGCUGGGCACAGGGCUGUGCAGGCUCACCCACCUGCUGUGGCACUGGAGCCUCUUCGCACAGGGGCUGCUGGUGGGCAGUGGCUCCUGCAGCACCGCCUGGUGCCGCUGGAACCCCCCGGGCCGGCGGGUGGGCGGCGGCGUCGUGGCAUACCUGCUGCACCUCACCCUCUGCCUCUGCCUCUUCCUGCUGCUGCCAGCAGUGCUGCUGGUGGCCACACUGGCUGCGCCACGGCUGAGGACGGGCUGGGAGCCAGGCAUCAGCGUGAGCUGGCUCUUCUUUGGGCUCUGGGUGCCUUACAGCGUGGGGCUGGCUGUGGAUUUCCUCCUGCAUGCCCGGCUGCUGCAGCCCACCUGCAGCACCUUUGAGCACUUUGACUAUGUGCUGGGGCUGAGCGAGGGGCUGGGGGUGCUGCACUGCUGCCUGGGGCCCACAGCACUGCUUGCUGCCCAGCUCUGCCACCGCAGGGCGGGCACCAGUGGCAGCUGCUGA